AAACAUUAGAAACAGAAGCAGUUGGCUGUUUUUGUUUGUGUGGUCGGCGAAAGAGUUGUCAAUUCUCGCUCUGUUGAACAGCCGUCGAAAUCGAAAUUCCAAUAGAACCGACGAACGGACCAGCCGCUAUGGGUGCUGGUUCGAGCACCGAGGCCGAGAGAGAGCCGCUGCUCGCCCCUUCGUACGUGGAGCCAAACAGUCCACCAGUAAACAGCAGAGUGUACGGGAGAAGAUGGCUGGUUUUGACCCUGUUUUCCCUGCUGGGACUAAUGCAGGGGAUGGUGUGGAACUUCUGGGGUCCCAUCCAGAACUCGGCCGCUCACGCUUACGGUUUCACCAAGUCCGACAUUGCGGUGUUGGUGCUGUGGGGCCCGGUGGGUUAUUUCCCUUGGCUGCUGUUUAUGUGGUUAAUGGACAAAAAAGGUUUGCGGGCAUCCCUCCUGCUCUCUGCCUUCUUCAUGCUGCUCGGAUCGGCUCUACGAAGCAUCCCACUGACAGACCAGCCUCUCAGACGAUGGUUGAUACACGGAGGUCAGUUUCUUAACGGUUUAGCAGGCCCAACCAUAAUGAGUGCCGGCCCCUUCCUCUCCACCACGUGGUUUGCCCCUGAUCAGCGAGCCACUGCGACAGCGGUGGCCUCGCUCUUCUCAUACCUGGGAGGCGCUGCUUCCUUCGUAGUUGGACCUCUUGUAGUUCCACCUCCCAAUGACACCCAGGCCGGAACAACGAUGACAGCAGCGAUUCUCGAUAACUCCAUCCGAGACAGGAUCCAGCUUGUUCUGUAUACAGAGUUGGCUGCAAUUGUGGUGCUUUUUGCAGCGGUCCUGCUAUAUUUCCCGUCACGCCCACCGAUGCCUCCCAGUGUUGCCGCUGCGAGUCAGAGACUGAGUUACAGGAACAGCAUCUGCAGACUUCUCAGCAACCUGCGGUUCCUGAUGAUCGCGGUAGCCUAUGCAGUCCCCACAGGAGUGAUGGCCGGUUGGUCAGGAGUCCUCGACAUGGUGCUUACACCAGCCAAAGUCAGCCAGGUGGAUGCAGGCUGGAUUGGUUUCUGGUCUACUGUUGGUGGUUGUGUGUUUGGAGUAGCAAUGGCCAGAUUUGCAGACUCCAUUCGUGGGAUGCUGAAGCUGAUCCUGGUGCUGAUGCUGGCAGGAGCAUCGCUGUCCUCAACCUGGUUCACACUUACCUGUCUUAGCAGAGUUACUCAUCUCCCCGCCACUGCAGCCAUCCUCUACACUUCCUGCAUCUUGGUGGGCAUUUUUAUUAACAGCAGCGUGCCAAUUUUCCUGGAGCUCUUCAUCGAAACGGUGUACCCAGUACCUGAAGGCAUCACCUGUGGAGUCGUCACUUUCCUGGGGAACCUAGUCUGCGGCCUGCUGCUCUUCUUUCUCACCUUUUACUGCACAGAUGUGUCCUGGCUGAACUGGUGUCUAACCGGCUCGUGCCUCUUCAGCCUCGUCCUCAUCCUCUUCUUCAGGGAGUCCUAUGACCGUCUCUACCUGGACGUCUUUGUUUCCGUGUGAUGCAGCUGAGCACAAAAACAACUUGAUAAUAAAGGACUGAAUUAAUCAUCUUGCACAAAGAUGAGGAGAAAAGGGAGAAAAAGGGCGAGUGAAAAACUCGUUUAUGAAUUAAUAUAUAUAUAUAUAUAUAUAUAUAUAUGUAUACUGGUAACCAUGGUGAUGGAUAUGUUGCAUGUUGUAUGACUGCCCAGAAGAACCAGGAAGUUGUACUUUGUUUAUUCUUUCUACAUGAUCCACUCAAUGCCAUAUGACUAUUUAACAUGUCAUUACUUCCUUUUAUUUGUCGUUUGUGUGUAAACAAACAUUUGUGAACGGUUUGAUUUUUCUGAACCAGGCACAGCGUGAUGGACUGUUAUUUGUUGUAACGUAAUGUUUAAAGUUGAGUCGAUUGUUUCCUUCCCCUAACAUUUUUCGAACCUCAAAGUCUGACAAUGAGGACGUCAAACUGACUCCAGAUUGACAUUUGGGCUCCCAACAAGGAAGUAAAGGGCAUAAACUGGACAGCUUCAUCAGCCAAUCAGGAAGUCCGGCUGGGGAUAAACAAGGGACUUCAGUGUGUUUUAGGGCUGCUUCGAACUGCAGGCUGUGAGUCACUGGGAAGGCUAAACCGGCCCGACAUUGUUAAGUAACCAGUGAUAUUGCCUGUCACUAAGAGGGAGGCAACUUAUGGUGUUUUAUCACCAUCUCAAGAUCAAUAUUAUGCAAAUAUUAUCUACCAGAUUGAUGAUUGAAGGCCAGCCACAGACAUGGACUGGAUACACCUGUGCUUUUUUUCCCCCUACCAAUGAGCUGUUCAUGUGGAAGAUGAAGCUGAGUCAUUUCACAUGCGUAUUUAUAGCUAAUUAUGUAACUUUCUGGGAGAUUUGCUGUUUAACCAAACAUUAAUUUGUUUCUUACAUUGUUUUUCUCAAUAUUUUUUUUGCUUUUGGAAAUGUUUCAACACUAACACAGUCAUCAUCCAGUUUUUCCAAGAAACGGGAUGUUUUGUGAGAAUUUCAACCACAGCUGAGAUGCACUCAGAGGAGGGAACUGGUUUUAUUUUGCAGACUUGAGGAUUAGUUCAAAUUGCCAAGCUGCUCCUCCUACAAAGCACCAGCAAGUGUCUUUUAGCCAACUGAGAGUCGACUAACAAAGAAAACCUUAAGGGAAGAAAAAGAAAAGGAGACGUUUUCCUGGAUUCCUUGACUGACAAAAACUGGAGCUGUGACAAAAGCCGGCUUCAUAACCUUAAAGAAACACAUCACUGCAAAUGAAAAAGAUCUGUGACAAAGUCUUUUGUUCAUGUUUGUAUCUUUGUCUUGCACAGUAGCUAAAUGAGGUGUUUUGAUGCAUUUCCUCUGGAAUUUAAGGAGGCUCUGUCGUGUGUUUCCUGGUAAUUGUCUUUUUCUUAUGUUGUUUUUUGUUUUUUUCUCACCUUGUACAGAAAAUGUUGUCUUUUACCUUUGGACGUGUUGCCUUAAUUGCCCAGUGCACCGCGUUCAGCCUGACUCUCCUCCACACUGUGACUAUUUUAUCUGUACAUUUUUGUAAAAAGGUCAUGUUCUUCUCUUCUGUGGCACAAACUCUGGUCACACCACCGCAUCCCAGGGAUUCAGUUGUAAAUAUUGCUGUUCUGUGGAAAAGAACAAACAUGGCUAUCAGAUAAUUCCAGCACCUUAUUAAAUGAACAUUUUCCAAAUAAAA